CGAUAAAACAGAUGAUGGCGACUGAAAUCGCCAUGAAUCGAAUUAGUUGAGCACAUGUUAUGUACGCGAUCGCAUAAAUUCUGUAAAAAAAUUACUUCUGAGUCUAAAAUUACAUUAAAAUGUUUCGCUGUAAGGCGAAUCUAACCAUUAAACGUGGUUAUGGCACACGAAAAACAAUCGCAAUCAGACGAGAAGAUCAAUCUGUCUGGGAACGCCGUGCUCCAUUUGCUCCAACCCAUGUUCGUAAAUUAGCACGUAAUGGCGUCAAAGUCAUCGUGCAACCUUCGAAUCGCCGAUCGUACCCAAUGCAAGCCUAUCUCAAUGCAGGCGCUGUGGUGCAGGAAGACAUCUCCGAAGCGAGCAUUAUUUUCGGCGUUAAACAAGUUCCAAUAGACCAACUUAUCCCUGAUAAGACCUACUGUUUCUUUUCGCAUACAAUCAAAGGACAAGAAGCUAACAUGCCACUUCUGGACGCCAUUUUGGAAAAACGUAUUCGGUUGCUAGACUAUGAAAAACUCAUGGAUGAGAAAGGCAAUCGUGUUGUGGCGUUUGGCAAAAUGGCGGGUAUAGCUGGACAGAUCAAUAUCCUCCAUGGUUUGGGUCUUAGAUUAUUAGCACUUGGUCAUCACACUCCAUUUAUGCAUAUUGGUCUAGCACAUAAUUACCGCAACUCAAGCAUGGCCAGACAAGCAGUCCGAGAUGCCGGAUACGAAAUAUCCUUAGGACUAAUGCCGAAAUCUGUAGGACCUUUAACUUUUGUCUUUACUGGUUCAGGAAAUGUUUCCCAGGGUAGUCAAGAAGUCUUCCAAGAACUCCCACAUGAAUACGUCUCACCAGAACUCCUACAAAAGGCAGCCGAACAUGGUUCACUCAAUAAAGUCUACGGUUGUGAAAUCAGACGUAAACACUACUUGGAACGGCGUGAUGGAGGUGGUUUUGACGCACAAGAAUACGAAGAACACCCAGAGCGGUACAUAUCAACCUUCAGCAAGAAAAUCGCACCAUAUGCUUCCGUAUUAGUCAACGGUAUCUAUUGGGCUGUCAAUUCACCCAAAGUUUUGACAAUCCCGGAUGCUAAACAUCUAUUACGACCAGCACAUACUCCAUGGUUGCCUACCUCAAGAGGAGCACCAGCUUUACCUCACAGGAUGUUAGCGAUCUGUGACAUUUCUGCUGAUCCUGGUGGUUCUAUUGAAUUUAUGAAUGAGUGUACCACUAUUGAUACACCAUUUUGUUUGUAUGAUGCUGAUCGGAAUAAGGAUACGAAGAGUUUUAAUGGACCAGGCGUACUGGUGUGCAGUAUAGAUAACAUGCCAACACAAAUCCCAAGAGAAAGCACAGACUUUUUCGGAGAUUUACUAUAUCCGUUUGUUAAUGAUAUCUUACAGAGUAAAGCAGAGCAACCUUUGGAAGCACAUUCUUUUUGUCCUACUGUUGAUGGCUCUAUUAUUGCUAGUAAUGGUUCCCUAACCAAAAACUACGAAUAUAUUGAUGAUCUACGAAAACAAAACAUAAGUCGUCUCCGUGAAGGGGAUGAAGACGCAGCAAAGAAACAUGUGGUAAUCUUCGGGGCGGGUCGUGUUUCCGCCCCGUUGAUAGAAUACCUCCACCGUGAUGCAAACGUAGCUAUUACAGUUGCAUCCGAAAUGAAGGACCAAUGUGAUGAAUUGGCCCGUAAAUAUCCAGGUGUAGAAUCAUCCUACCUCAACGCAGCUAACAACCCACAAGGCCUACAAGAACUCAUUUCUAAAGCGGAUGUAGCUGUGUCUAUCCUACCUUAUCAUUUACAUCACAUCGUUGCAGAAGCGUGCAUCAAAGAACGCACCAAUAUGGUGACAGCUUCCUAUGUUAACGAUAAAGUUAGAGAGUUGCAUAAACAAGCAGCGGAAGCAGGAAUUACAAUUCUAAAUGAAGUAGGACUUGAUCCUGGUAUUGAUCAUCUGUUGGCACUUGAGUGUAUAGAUGAUGUCAAAGCUAUGGGAGGUCGUAUAACCUCAUUCGAAAGCUUCUGUGGAGGAUUACCUGCACCUGAAUUCAGUGACAACCCUCUGAGGUAUAAGUUCUCAUGGUCACCACGAGGUGCUUUACUCAAUACUUUAUCUGGAGCGAGAUAUUUGAGGAAAGGACAAGUUGUGGAGAUCUCCGCAGGUGGAGAACUAAUGGCCGCAACUAAAUCAUUAGAUUUCCUCCCAGGUUUCCACCUGGAAGGAUUCCCUAAUAGAGAUAGUACUCUGUAUACCAAAUAUUAUGGUAUUCAGGAAGCUAGUACCGUUCUUCGAGGAACCAUCAGAUACGCAGGUUUUGCUGAGGCAGCAAGAACUCUACAACUUUUGGGACUCUUAGAUACCAAACCACAUCCUUAUCUACAUGCACAAGGACCUGAUAUCACAUGGAGGAAACUGCUUUCACAUAUUCUAGGCUUUGAAGACCUGUCUCUUCUUCAUGAUAAUUUAAAACAAAAGAUCACAGAACGGACAGGAACUGAAUUUGCUGUUGAACUACUAGAGGAGUUGGAAUUAUUGGAAGAUAAGAUGGUGAUCAAGUGUGACACACCUUUGGAUACACUUACGCAUUACCUUGCAAAUCGUCUUGCUCUGGGACCGAAUGAAAGGGAUCUGGUUGUGUUGAGGCAUGAUGUUGGUAUUGCGUGGCCUGAUAAUAAGAAGGAAAUUAGAGGAAUCAACUUUGUAGUUUACGGAGAUGUGACGGGACAUUCUGCGAUGGCGAAAACAGUAGGUUUCCCAGCUGCCAUUGCUACCAAAAUGAUCUUAGACGGAGAAAUUCAAGAGAAAGGAGUAAUUUUACCAUUUGCCGCUGAGAUUUACAGACCAAUUUUGUCUCGAUUGAGAAAUGAAGGCUUGCAUGCUACUGAAACAUCUAAAUUUGUAUCGUAAAAGAAAAAAAGCAUUAAAAUAAUAAUUUUUAUGACUUAAUUAAAGUUUGGACUUAUGACUUGUUA